UUUUGAAGGGAUUCAAAAAGUUCAGGUUACACUUCGCAUGAAAAUGGAGCGAUCGGAAGUUGAACUCAGCGAGAGAAAAGCUGAAUUAGCUCAGUGUCAGGCAAGAAUGAGAACUGCAGAAGAGCAAGCAGCUGAUCUACGACAACACGUGCAGUUGCUGAAGGAGCAGAUCACAAAUCGUGAACAGCAGCAUACUCUUUUGCAAGGGGAUGUCGAUGCCUUGAGAUCUAAAUUAGAAGGGAAGAAUCAGCAGAUGGAACAACGCGACCAACGAAUAGAACGGUUGGAAAAAGAUCUGGCAAAUGCGAAAGGUGAAGUCACCGAGAAACACGAGCAGAUUCAACAACUGGAUCAUCGAAUCUCGCAGAUGAUGGGGCGAAUUGAUGGUUUGGAGACGUCACUUAGAGAUAAGGAAUCAGAGCUUGACAAAGCAAAAAUUCGACUUCUCAGCCAUCCUGAUGUUAUUAAAGAAAAAGAGUUUAAGGAGAAAAUCGAUUCGAGUAAGUCAAUUCCUAUUUUUUUUUUAAAUUACAUGUCUCACUCUGAUCGCUUAUCGUUUUCAGUGGCGAUUGAGAAGCAGCGCAUGCAAGAUCAUAUCGACCAAUUGAGACGGAACUCUGAGAAAGAACGAUUAGAGCAACAGGAAACCUAUCAAGCGGAGGUGCGCUCUUAUCUUAAUCUGCCAUCUGCUAGUGCAAAAAAGAACUUCUUCUUUUUAACGCUUCCGCUGCGUCUCAAAUUGCGGCAGCUGAAAUGUAAUGUGGAGAACCUUCAAAAAGAGCUUGCUGAUCGUGACGUUCUUCUAGAAUCUCAAAAUGAAAAGAUCGGUGAUAUGGACAGAGAACUUGCAUCAUCACGGCAGCGAUUGCAAGCCGUCAUUGUCGAUAAAGGAGAGAAUGAACUUCGCAGAGAGGUUGAAUCAGCACGAGGUGAAGUGGAAAAACUUCUGAAAAUGGUUCGGCAGCUGGAAAAGGAGAAUACGCAGUUGAGUUCGCAAUGUAAGCAGCUGCAGAGCGCAAUAGAUCGAGGAGGUACAGAUAGCAGUGGAACAUUGACAAAGGGCGAUAUGACUUCAGUAGUUUCUGGCAGUCUGUUAUCUGGAGGCAUGAGCGCUCAAGCCAAAAAGAGAAUAGAAGAAUUGGAGGAGGCACUACGUGAAUCCGUAAGCAUCACUGCCGAAAGAGAAGUUCAUCUUUCGCAGCAGAAACAUCUACUCCAUCAAGUGAACCAACAGUUAUCUGAUGCACGUCGUGAGAAUGCUGAGCUGAGAAAACGGUUGUCAGAGGGAGGAGUCGCCGAACGUGAACAACUUUUAAGGGCUGUGGAAUCGGAGCGACGUCAACAUAUUGAACAGCUCCUACAGCUCAAACAAGAAGCACUCUUGGCGGCUAUAGCGGAAAAAGAUGCCCACCUUGCUCUCUUGGAAAAAUCCCGUGCCCCUCGAGAUGAAAUCGACACCGUGCGGAGACAUAAAGAAGCGCUUAUGCGAAAGUUGAAACAAGAAAAUGAACGGUUUGUUUUCUGACU